AUGGCGAAUGUAACGGAGCGCCGAAUGCACGCAGAAAUCCACACCUCAUUGGCAAGCGAAGUCGUUGAGACGUCGAACCGGAACGCGCUGCUCCGUGAUUGGGUCGAAGAGCGCGUGCAGGAGAAUCACCCGCGCUCGGGCGUGCACAAUGUCGGGACCCUCGUGCGCAAUUGGGACGAAGACUGGGUGGGCCCGAGCUUGGACGAAGAAGAGGCGCGUCGGCUGUGGUACACGCCCGUGUUUUGUCCGCACCCACUGGACUUUUCCAACUUCGGUCAGCGCAAGAACAAUCCUUACGCACUAAUGGGGCCGUUCGCGGGCGACAAUGUGUGGCAGAACGUGCUCAUCUGUAUCGUCGCUGACGGCCGCGAGAAGGUCAAUGACAAGAUGCUCGAGCACUUGGAGUCUACCGGCUUGUACGAUAAAGGCCUCUUGACCAUCAAUAGCGCCGGCAUUGACACGCAAUGUCAUUUGUUCGAGCACACGCUGCAGAUCUCGGUGGAUGGCAAGCGUCUCUUGCCUAUUCAGACGGUGUUCGCUCUCAAGGAGCACAAGUCGAGCAAACUGGACUCGCACCGGUGGUACUUUGACGCGCUCGCCGAGCAGGUGCAGCCGGAGUAUACGGCUGUGAUGGACGUUGGCACGAUGUUGACGAAGUCUGCGCUCUAUCACGUGCUCUUUGCGAUGGAGCGCAAUCAACAGAUUGGUGGAGCUUGUGGACAUCUGACGGUGGACGAAGCGUUCGAAAAUCUGAGCAAUUGGGUCGUUUCAGCGCAGCAUUUCGAGUACAAGAUCUCGAAUAUCCUGGACAAGUCGCUGGAGAGUUGUUUUGGCUUCAUUAGUGUGUUACCAGGAGCGUUCUCUGCUUAUCGCCACGAAGCUAUUCGAGGAGCUCCACUGGAUGCGUACUUUCAGACGCUCAACGUUGAUUUGGAUGUUCUGGGACCUUUUCUCGGCAACAUGUACCUCGCUGAAGACAGGAUGUUGUCGUUUGAAGUUGUGGCACGGAAAGACUGCAGCUGGACGAUGCACUACGUCAUGGACUCGAUCACUCGUACAGACGUCCCGCACAAUCUUGUCGGUCUGAUCUCGCAGCGAAAGCGCUGGCUCAAUGGCGCGUUCUUCGCCACGCUCUUCUGUAUUCGGAAUUGGGGUCGUAUCUACCUGGAGGGCUCACAUUCGUUCCCGAGGAAGAUGGCGUUCCUGGUGUUGUAUCUAUAUCAUCUACUAUACACAGUGUUCGGCUUCUUCCUGCCAGCGAAUCUGUACCUGGCGUUAUUCUUCAUCGUGUUCCAGGGCUUUCAGCAAAACAGUCUCGAGUUUGUCGACACUUCUGGCUACUCGCAAACUGUACUGGACUGUGCCGUGUACAUGUACAACUUCGCGUACCUAUUCGGUCUGCUGAUGCUCAUCAUUAUCGGGCUAGGCAACAACCCGAAGCACAUGAAGCUCACGUACUAUUUCCUGGGCGCUGUAUUCGGUGUCAUGAUGAUGCUCUCGUCGCUCGUGGGCGUCGGCAUCUUCUUUUCAUCGCCAGCAACUAUCCAGUCGAUAGCUGUGUCGAUCCUUACAGUCAGAGCGUACUUCAUUGGUCCAGCUCUUUACAGCGAAGUGCACCACAUCGUUAUGAAGUUCAUGCAGUACACCGCCGUUGUAGCGCAGCUACACAGCUUCUUAAGUCAGGGGAAGACUUAA